CGUAGCAAAACGGUCACCGUUUUCCAAUAAUUCAAACUCUCUCUCCCUCUCAUUUCUUAAGAACCUCACUCUCUCCUUCACUCCUUCAAACUGAACCACACUCCUCACAAAACCAAGAAAGAAGGAAAACACCGUUCGCUUCGACGAUGGGUUUAGAGAAUCAAUCCAAGGCAGAAGAAGAAAAAGAGGGCGAAAUCCCAGUUCUAACGGUGCUGAAGAACAACACGGUCCUCAAAAACAUCUUCAUCGUCAACAAGCCCACCGAUCAGAAGCAGUCAAGUGCCGAUCACGUGAACGUGCUUCUCGUGGGUCGUCACCCCGACUGCGACCUCAUGCUGACGCACCCCAGCAUCAGCCGCUUCCACCUCCAGAUCCGCUCCAAUCCCUCUUCCAGAACCUUCUCCCUCCUCGACUUAUCUUCCGUGCACGGAACGUGGGUGUCCGGGAGGAGGAUCGAACCGAUGGUGAGCGUGGAGAUGAAGGAAGGUGAAACGCUGAGGGUCGGGGUUUCGAGUAGGGUUUAUCGGCUGCACUGGAUUCCGGUUAGUCGCGCGUAUGAUUUGGAGAACCCGUUUGUGGCGCAAUUGGAUUCGGUUGCGGAAGAGGAGGAAGAAGAAAAAGAAGAGGAGGAAGAAAUGCAGAACUUGAACUGCUGUCCUGCUGAAAUGGAAGAAAUUGAAUCAAUGGAUUCAAUUGUUGAGGAUAUCAGUUCUUUAUUCCUAGAUGAGAAUGUGGAACUAACUGUGAAAGAGGAAAUUCCCUUGGAACCUUGGAUGUUGGAAGACAUGAUUUCUUUAUGUUGUGAGGAAGAAAGGAAGAGCCCAUCAAAAGAGGAAGCAAUUGGAAUCCCAAGUGACCCUUUUGGAACUGAAACAUCAUAUUUGCCUACGAUAUCUGAUGGUGAAAACAAUUUGUGUGACUCUGUGAGCCAGGUUCUAUCACCAACUUAUGUGGAAUCACUUGUGGAAUGUGAUGACACACUGACAGAAAAUUUGUCUGAUACUUCAUGUUUGCCAGCUGUGGAAGCUGUUUUGGAGACCAAAAUGCUGCAGUUCCAUACUCCACCUGACAUAUUUACUUCUCCAUUGCCAUCUGGUCAUGAGAAUUUGUUUGAAAAGCAUUAUUCUAGCUUGCCUGUAAAUACAGCUCCAUCAUCUCUUGGUGAGAAAAGUGCACCUGAAGCGGUAAUAAUGCCUGAAGAAACUGAAUGUGAAUCUGAAGAUGAUGAAAGCAUUAUAGAUAUUUUUACAGUACCAGAAUCUCUUCAUGCCGCUGAAGAUGUAAUAACAACUAAUGAAUCUGAAUCCGAAUGUACCCUCAGAGAUGACGGAAGUGUUACAGAUGCUUUUAUUGCUGGAGCUGGAAAUUUCAAUUCUGAGGAUGUAUUUCUGCCAGUUGAGGAAGUUAUGCCUGGAACCAAAGUUGAACAAAUCAAAAUUGUUGAGAAAGUUGCUAUGGAUUCUCUAUCUGAUGAAGGAAAGCAACAUAUGUAUAGAUCACUGUCUCAGCUGCUGAAUGAUAAAUUUUGUCAUGACCAAGGGCACUCACUCAAUGAAAUAGUUCAAGAUGUUAGAAACAAGCACGCAUAUAGCAUCUCCCCCACACCGCAUCAGAUAGAAUCAGUCAAUUUGUCAAUGCCACAAGAAGUAGUUUUGAAUAUUAUGAAUGAGGACCAGACCCAGCACUCUGAUAUGGAAAAUCUUGAAAGCUGCAUAAAAGCAAUGGAGAAAACUUCAACAAAUAUUUGGUCAAGAAGAGGUAAAGCUACUAGUGCUCCUCAGGUUCGAACUAGCAAGAGCAUACUGAAGAAUGCAGCCAAUGUUGAAGUUGCAAUGAGCAAUGAGAAGGAUAUCAGAAACAGAACAAUCUCAAAGAAUCUUUCCUCUGUUCUGGAUGGGGAAGUAGAAGAAGACGACGAAGAAAUCUACACUCCAGAUAAAGAAAACAUCAGUCCGAAUACUCUCCACUUGCGAUUUUUAAAGAAGGGUAAAAUAGAAGGAAUUAAACAUUCCAAGUCACAAAGGUCACGACACAUUUUAAGGGAUACAUUUAAUUGUGAUAUCUAUCCAAAUGAAAGCAUAGAUCCCACUUUAAAGGAAAAAGAAAUCUUCAUUCCUGAGGAGGAAAACUUAAAUCCAAAUGCCCUUCAAUUGCGGCUUCUGAAAAAGAAGGGUAAGGUAGAAGAAAUUAAACGUUCCAAGUCACGAAGAUCACCCCUUUCAAAGGGUACGUUUAAUCCUGACAUGUAUCCAAAUGAAAACAUAGGCUCCACUUUAUGCAACAUAAACCAGAAGGAUAGCAUAAAUAGAACAAUUUCAAGGGAUCUAUUCUCUGAUUUGGAGGGGGAAGAGGAAGAAGAAAUCUUCACUCCAGAUAAGGAAAACUUCAGUCCAAAUACCCUUCAUUUGCGGCUUCUGAAAAAGAAAGGCAAGGUAGAAGAAAUUAAACAUUCCAAAUCACAAAGGUCACCCCUUUCAAAGGGUACAUUUAAUCCUGACAUGUAUCCAAAUGAAAGCAUAGGCCCCUCUUUACACAGAAUGAAUCAGAAGGAUGUCAUAAACAAAACAAUCUCAAAGGAUCUUCUCUCUGAUUUGGAUGGGGAAGAAGAGGAAGAAGAGAUCUUCACUCCAGAUAAGGAAAACUUCAGUCCAAAUACCCUUCGAUUGCAGCUUUUGAAAAAGAAGGAUAAUUUUUGUCCCAACUUAUAUCCAGAUGAAAACAUGAUCCCCACCUCAAACGAAGAGAAUCAAACUCUAAAAGGAGUCCAGGAUCAAAAAUUGCAAAGAAAUCCUUUCAGCAGCCAUAUCAAGUUUGCACAGGAGCAAGAUUUGAAGGACCGAGUGGAAAGGAUACCCUUCCAAUCACUGAGGAACUCGGGAGACAAGAGGAGAUCAGGCACUUGUUGUCCUGUUUCUGCUUCCAAAAGCCUUCAUUUUAGUAAUUGUGGACAAAUUUUAGACCAGCGUUUUAACCCUUCUGAUAUUAGUGGGGUGCCAAAGAAGAGAAGCUGGGACAUGAUUGUGGAUACUACAUCUCUUGUGAACAAGGAAUCAAGGAAAGCUCUGCAGCUUUUACAAGGUCUCAAGGGGACUCGGUUAAUCAUUCCAAGAUUGGUCAUAAGGGAACUGGACCGUAUGAAGCAACAGUUCACAAUUUUCAGAAGAAUUUCAGAGUCUUCUUUGGCAUUGGAAUGGAUUGAAGAAUGUAUGGUGAAGUCAAACUGGUGGAUUCAUAUCCAGAGCUCAGUGGAUGAGGGAAGGCUAAUUGCUCCAACCCCACCUGCUUCUCCUCUGACUCAGUUGAGUGAAGAGAGUUGGACUUCUCUUUCAACCCAGAAGUUCUCCAUGGAAAUUGCUUCACCAACAGUAGAAGAUCACAUCCUUGACUUUGCUCUUCUAUACAGAAGAAACCAAAAUGAUGGACAACUUAUCCUGCUUAGUGAGGAUGUCACAUUGAAAAUCAAAUGCAUGGCAGAGGGGUUGCUAUGUGAACCAGUGCAAGAGUUUCGUGAGAGUCUAGUGAAUCCAUUCUCUGAGAGGUUCUUGUGGGACAAAAGCAUUCCUCGAGGACAGACUUGGUCUUGCCAAGACGACGUAGUCUUAAGGGAGAAAUUUUGUCGUUUAAGGAAGCCAUCAAAGGGAGUUGCAAGCGGUUUGAAGCUAAUUCUACUUCACAACUCUCAAUAUGGACUCUGAGCCAGUGGCAAAAACAGUUCAGUUGAGCCAGCUGAACAGUCUUGAUUGACCACAGUAUUCUCAUUUGCUGGUUGCAAUGCCUUAAACUUUUUUUUAUUGCAAACAUUACCUAUAAAUAUUAAUCAAUUAGAUUUUAGCCAGCUGGUAGCAACGUCUUAAAAACCCUCCUCACAACAGGGAUUGUGAAUAGUGCUAUACUACAUCAAAAUAAAAUUUCAUGAAUUUAUCUAGUGUAAAA